UGCUCCCGCACCGACAGCUCCUGCUGCUCCCGUCUCGGCUACCGAUAGAGAUUCGGCUUCCUCCAAGAGAUACACGAAUCUUUUAGUUGAAUCGCUCUGUGAUACGCUCGUGCUGAGAUGGAUCAUGAGAACACGUGAAAACCCGGUGUAAUCGCCUCACCUCGAGAAGCUAUGGUCCCAGAGCCAGUGAGUUAGACGGAAAAUGGGCCAACAAGCACUAGACACAAGAGCAUGAAUGGAAGCCAAGCUGUUCGUCCGUGCCAUCUAAGAUCCAGGUUAUGUUGAAACGAGAAAACUUUGAACCAAUAAUAGAAUCAUGGCAUUUUUAGGUAUUCUGAUCGAUUUGCACCGGCAAGUGAAGCUCUAGAGGUCAACGUUCGCCAAUGCAAUGUCCAGCUCAGGUUGCGGGUUCCUCGCGGGGGCCGUUCUGCAGAACCGUCGCAAGCUGGCUGUCCUGCUCCUCCUGCUGAUGCUACAAGGUCUGUUCGUGAUCUACUCGACCAUGAAGACGUCACCGGCGGUCCAGUGUAACGGGUCAGACUGUCCGGUGCCGACGGUGACCAUCCUUCACCCGAUCAGCACCCGGCUCCGUGACCUACUGCUGGGGACCACUGCGGCGCCGCCCCCACGGCAAUCAUCUCCAGCGUCACAAACGUCAGCAACGGCAGUGUGGACGGAGGAGGCGCGGGCAAAGUGGCGAACACUCAAACCCAAGAACUGGGAAGAGCUGGCGUCAGCUGUGUUUGAUUACAUCGAAAAACCGUACGCAAAGUGCGGGAAGUCGAUGCGUAUAGGCGGCCAGGCCGACUACAAGAACCGCAAGUUUGACGGCUACAAGUGGGUGUGUCUGGACCCGGCGCUGGGUCUUCUGCAGACCAACAGCUGCCUCAUCUACAGCUUCGGCGUCGACCACGACUGGUCGUUUGACGACAACGUACAGCGGCUGCAGUGCAAGAUCCACGCCUUCGAUCCAUCCAUCGGCCAGAAGGACCACAAGAGAUCCGAGCACAUCUCCUUCCACAACCUCGGCAUCGGCGGCCGGGACGAGACGAUUCAGGUGCGGGGGCGACGCUGGGACGUCCGCACCUACCAGAGCGUGGUGUCGAUGCUAGGUCAUCAGCGGCGCACCGUUCACUACCUCAAGGUAGACGUGGAGGGCGCCGAGUGGGACAUGUUCACCCAGAUCUUCACCAGCUCACCGCAACUACUGCAAAACGUGCGUCAGAUCGGCAUGGAGAUACACCUGGCGUAUGAUCCACGCGACAGGAACGCCGGCCUCGACAGGUGGAGGGAGUACCUCGCCGUGUUCCAGCGACUGGAGGCCAUGGGAUUCCGGCUGUUCCAUAGCGAGAUGAACCCGUACACGGGGGCAGAGAAACUCUUUCCGACCGUGUCUCGGCGCGGGAGUCGCGUCUACGAACUGGUGUGGCUGUAUCAACCGUGAACCCGACAAUGAGUCACCGCUAUGUGAGAAGCGUUCUGACUUGUUAGUCGGACCUUCAUGGUAGCGAACGUAACCAUAUCCCGAUCUUAGACCGGGUAGACAGUUUCGUGAUGAAGCGAAACCGCUUCAGUGUUCGCAUUGAAGCCUGGAGAUGUCGAGAACUCGAGAACGAGCUUUAAACUUAAUGGACAUGAUGAGUUUUGGCUAACGAUACCGAGAGAUGCAGUCAGAAGCCAAAGACCGGGAUAAUGGUGAAAUGUCCCAGACAAUGACAAAUCUAAAGUCAAUAAGCCUUAGAACAUGACUCAUUGUCAUGUUCGUGACUGUUCUUUUUUGUCGGGAGUGCCUUGAAAAUGUAUGUGUCUUACUCAUUUCAUAGAUGGGGAUAUGCGAGGCUGCUACAGUCAGAAAAUGCUAGCGAUAUGAAUCAACAAGUCGUGCAGGUAAUGUAGGUAUGCUGCCGUUAUGAAUUACCUAUUGGGUGGUGUGCGCUGGCCUGUGUGUUGGGGGGGGGGGG